AGCAGCGGCCGCAGCAGCGCAGCCGGGGAGCGCCGCUCGCUCUCCGUUCCUCCUCCGGCGGGGAGCCUUCAGCAGCGCCCGCGGGGCUCCGUCGUCUGCCUCUCCGGCGGUGGCUUAUGAAAGGCGCGGGCGGCGGCGGCGGCGCUUUCUGCCUCGACUCCCGGUCCGAGCGCGCUCGGCUCCCGCGCCGCCUCUGCCCUCGGCCGGUUCGGCAGCCCAGCAGGCUGGGGGCGGCUCCGGCCAUGUCCCACGUCCGCCUCUCGAAUGGCAGCCCGACGCUGGAGCGGAUGGAAGCCCGGCAGGCGGACUACCCCAAGCCCUCUGCCUGCCGGAACCUCUUCGGCCCGGUGGAUCACGACGAGCUGGCCCGCGAGCUGGAGCGGCAGCACCGCGACCUGGCCGAAGCCAGCCGGAGGAAGUGGAACUUCGACUUCCAGCGCCACCAGCCCCUCGACGGCAGGUACGAGUGGCAAGCCGUGGCCCACGACGCCCUGCCUGACUUCUACACCCGGCCGCCGCGGCUCAGCGGAGCCCUAGCCAAGCCCGACGGCCGCCGCCGCUCGCAGGGACGCGCCCCGGAGGAGCCGCCGAGGAGCGCCGCGUCUGAAGCCCCGAGGGAGCCGGCAGCCCAGGGCGCCGGGUCCAGGAAGCGACCUGCCGCCGAACCCGACGAUUCCUCUCAUCAAAACAAAAGAGGCAACACAACAGAGGUAAUUUCAGAAGAUUCUCCCAGCAACUACUCAGUGGAACAAACGCCCAAGAAAUCCAGCCCGAGACGGCAUCAGACGUAGAUUGUUUAUCUGAAUUAAGAACAUUCAUUUCCUUGUUCUUUGGAGGCAUUGGGUUUGUGAAGCAAGGACGAUGCAAAGUUCAUACAUGAAAGAAAAAGAAAACAUAUCAUUGAUCCUCCAUGGGAUGGAGAACUCUUACAAGCACUGAAACAAAUCACAUCUAACACUAAAGCCAGGCACUCUUAAAAGAUCUGCCUCUUAAAGCCUUGGAUGUAGCAUUUUGCAAUUAGGAGUUUCCUUAUUUGCUUCAUUGUACUACCUGUGUAUAUAGUUUUUACUGUAUGUAGCACAUAAACCUCCUUCUGCUUCUCUCUCUCUCUCUUGGUUCUGGGAAGGUUUGGGAAUGGUAAAAGGUAAUGGGUUUGAAAUGGGCUUCCCAAAUCCAGCAAGCAGAGGAUUUGUAUGGAGAGAAGCAGCCUGCAUUUUUAAGGCUUCUUAAGGAUGUAUUGUCACUUUCUCAAAGGAGUCCAGAACCUUUAAAAACAAAAUAUCAAGAGUGUUAACAUGGGCUACAGCAGAACAAGAGGCUCUGCUGAUGAAAUUUCUACUUGUUAAGGGCACAUUCCUGCAGCGAAUUUCCUGCACCCCCCACCCCCACCCCCCGAAAUGAAUGUGAGUGUGAAAGAGCGCACUGGUUGGUGGCAAGAGGAGAACAUUGUAGGGGAUCGUGUCCUAAACUUGUAAGCAGGAACUCUUGUUUCCAUUAUGUAGCAGAAUGAAGGGCUUUUUCUGGGGCCCUUUAAAAGGCCUUACUUAAUGUGUUUGCUAUCUAUAAUACUUUACAUAAUUUCAAAAAUAAUUUAAAAUUCAUGAUUGGAAUGGAGAGGAAAUUAAGAGAACCCCAAACUUCAUUUUCCUUCCUCUUGCUCACUUCUCUGAUAUCCACAGGUGGGUAAACAAAAAAAAUUACUACAUCUUUAAACAGUAUUUUUAAAUUUCUUGUAUGUUUAAAAAAAUUAAUUUUUGAAAUGUACCUGUGUACAUAACUUUGUAAAGACACUGAGAAAAUUAUACUAACUUAUUUAUGUUAAAAGAUUUUUUAAAAAUCUAGAAUAAGAUAUUUUUCCCAUAAAGCCAAAGUGGCAGUGUGUUUUUUUUAAAAAAAUGCAUUUGUAAAUGCUCUAUUUGGUAGGGUUUUGUUUUAGUUUUCGUUUGGAGGAGGGGAUUUGUUAAUAUGGCUGUCCUUAAGUGAUUGCAGACUGAGCCAAGUUUAAUAUUUUUUUAUAAUGUGUGAAAACAGUUGCCAAUUGAUAUUGUUUUACAUCAAGCAAUCAAUAAAGAAAACUGCCAUAUAUAAAUAUAUAUAUAUAUAUAAUGACACUGCAGUUGCGUGUUUCAUAAAUCCUGGAACUGGGGUGGGGGGAGUCUGUCCGCCUCCCAGAUACAUACAUCAAGUCUUCCUCUUUUUCCUUCUCCUGCACAACAGGAAAAUCUGUUUGCCUAUUUGCUUUCUCUUCCUGAGAGAGGGACUGUUGAAAAGCUGAGAGAAAGGGUAGAAUACGUUUGGGGAGCUUGCAACUUUUUACCUGGGAAAGAGACCCCCAACCGCACCUUGCCCCCUAGAAAUGUAUGAAGGAAACAGAACUGAUUUAAAGUCCUCAGCAGUCACUACAUCAAGCCACACCCUCAUUGGAGAUCCAUUGGUGCCCACUUAGCAAAUGGCCCAGUUCUCUCAAAAGGAAAGCACACAUGCCCUGCUUAACAUGCCUAGAAGAAUCAAAGUUAAGGAUAAAUGUGAGGCUCAAAAUAAGCAACAGUUGCAAUUUACUCCAGAUACUUCUCUAGCAGGAAUAGACGACUCUUACUUAAAUUUCCAGACCCAAUUCAAUUUGCUGGUGUUCACCUUUAAAACCCUGUGUGCAUACCUUAAUUACCACCUCGCCUAGGAACCUACCCACCCAGUCCAGUCAUCUUUACAGGCUCUGCUUGGGGUGGCUCCACUAUCUGAAUGGCAACCUGAUGGGUCUUCGUGCUGGUGGCACCAAAACUAGAGGAUCUCCUCUGGAGGGAUAUUCCUCUGUCCCCUUCAGUCAUCUGCCAGAAGGGGAGGACUUUUCUGGUUUGCUUGGUGGUCCCUCGCUGAUUCUCAUAGGCCCUCCCAGUUUUUACGCCCUGUUUUAUUUUUAUUGUUAUUUAUUUAUACUUGUUUUAAUGUUUUUAUUGUUUGCUGACUUGGGGAUCCUAAGCUCGGUGGCUUUAAAAUGUUUUAAAUAAUGACAGGACACUGUAUUGGCACCACUGUCUGUGUGCUUCAAUGGUGCAUGUUAUUGAAAAGGCUGCAUUUCCCCACAACGUAAACUGAAGUGGCAAUGCAUUCUGCUUCUGGAUCUAUUUAUUUACUUACUUACUUCAUUUAUUCCCUGCCUUUCUCCCUGCUGGGGAUCUCAAGCCUUUCACCUUGUUUUUCUCCAUUAUUGAGAGCCAACAGGUGAUAAAGUGUGCCAUUCAAAACGGACAUGGUUGAGGCAUGGAUAAACCUGCCCCCUUUCAUCCUAAAAUACUAGAUUUAAAAGAAAAAAGUUAUAAAUUCAUAUCAAAUAUAUUAAAAUAUUAAAUUACA